GGCUGUAAACACGGUGGGGCCGGUGGGGGGGCGGUCGGAGCCGCCGCCGACAGUGUCGACAGCGACAACAUGAAGAAGUUCUUCGGGGACCUGAAGCGCGACAUAAAGUUCAAGUCCGCGGGUCAGGGCCACGCGCUGAACGUGGAGCCCAGCCCGAAACCCGUGGAAAUCAAAGCCAAGGCCCCCGAAAAGCCUCGCAAGGGGCCUGCUGAGGAGGCUCAGAUGGCAGCCGCUGCUGCUAUGACCAGACUGGACAUCAACCAGCACCGAGCGCGAGGAUCUCCUGGGCCCAGCAGCUUGAAGAUGGACGUAAAGAAGAGCAGUGCUGCACACAAUGAAGCUAGAUCUCAGAACAGUCAGGCAUCCAGCAACAGUAACAGGGAAUGUCGCACUGAUCUCUCGGUCAAUGGUGUGUACUUUAUCUGCCCUUUAACAGCCAUCUCUGUACAUAAAACCGAAAGGGAGGCUCAUAUUAAGGAGGCUUUACUUACGAGAUUAGUUGAUGAUCCCAUCGGCUCCUCCAUUAUGAUGAUUCACACGUUUAACAAGGACAAGGAGAAAGUAAAGAUCGCAUGUGAGACUCUGGCCAAGUACAUUGACAACAUCUGCAAUAACCCGACUGAAGAGAAAUACAGAAAAAUAAAAUUGCAAAACAAGGUGUUUCAGGAGAGGAUAUCUGAACUGGAAGGGACGCAUGAAUUUCUGCAGUCAAUUGGAUUUGAAAGGAAAACCUUUCAACUUCCAGGACAAGAUCACGAAGAUGAUUUUUACGUACUGAAUGAGAAGUUUCUGGCAACUCUUGAGCAGCUGAGACAGUACAAAGACGACUUAUUAAACGCUGAGCCCCUCCGGCUGCAGUUGGAUCGUCGGAUCAAAGUUUUCCGUCCGACUCCCCAGGCGGCGAGAUUCGAGUUACCCGAUGACUUCUAUAACCUGACAGCCGAGGAGGUCAAGCGGGAGCAACAGAUGAGAUCCGAUGCAGUGGAAAGGAAUUCAAUGCUGAGAACCAAGGCUAUGAGGGAAAGGAACGAGCAGCGGGAACUCAAGAAAUAUAACUACACCCUCUUACGUGUCAGAUUGCCGGAUGGAUACAUUUUACAAGGGACAUUCUAUGCACGAGAGCGAGUUUCAGCUCUUCGGGCGUUUAUCAGCAGUACACUGAUGAAUGACUGGAUGCCGUUUCAGCUGGUCGCUCCUGGAGGACACAAAUUGAAAGAUGACGACUCAUUAUUUAAUGAAGUGGGAUUGGUUCCUGCUGCAUUGCUGACCUUGACGUGGGACGCAGAGAUUCUAGCCGAUCUGGAGGCUGCCGGGCAGAAUCAUACCAGCAUACUGAAGCCAGAACUCCUCUCUAAUGUCCAAACGCUUGUAUAAGUAAAAAAAGGGCUUGAAUGUUCACUUGAAUAUUGUAUUUUUUUUAUAUAAUGCUUUGGAAUUGUGUUAAAAUUGUAUCAAAUGAAGGAGGGUAGAAGUGGGAAUUUGUGAGAAACAAACCCUUUUGGAUCAAUUGAUGCCAAGGAACACCCACCAUGACACUUUAACAUCCAAUUGCACUACAGUCCAAUUCCCCCAUUUUCCUUAACAUAACAAAUGCACUCACUCCAAUUCCCCCACCUACCAUUCCUGGCUCAUCCGUGAUUGUAAGGGACCGUUGUGAGGAGCGCCUGUCCUUUGUGAAGGUGAAUUUGAGAUCUGAUGGCAAAGUCUGCUCCAGCACAGUCGAGAGCUGGUUAGGGUGGUGCUAAAUAGAGUUAUCUGCCCAGAUUUCUUAAGGAAGGAUGCUUGACCCUGAGCCAAUUCAAACAGAGAGAAAAAAAUGUGUACACAAAUGUAAAACAGUGAUGAGAAGGGCAGCAUCAAAAAUAAGUCAAAAACAGAAGGCGCUGGGAACACUCAGCAGGUCAGGCAGUAUCUAUGGAGAAAAAAAAGUGUCAAUGUUUUUCAACAGUUCUGAUGAAGGGUUGUGGACGUGAAACGUUGACUCACUUUCCUUUCUGCACAGAUGCUGCCUGACCUGCUGAGUAGCGUUCCCGCCACUUCUGUUUUUGUUUCAGAUUUCCAGCCUCUGCAGAAUUGUGUUUCGUCAAAAAUAAGUCAGACCAGAAAUCCACCCCCACCCAAAUAACCUUCAGAUUCCCAUUUGAAAUCACUGUAUCUACUCUACACUGCCGUAUCAAAUUGUACUUUCAUCUUCAGCGUUGCUCUAAAUGUUCAGCCUUGGGUAUCUGUUAACAUAACGAGUGAUUAAAUGUGAGGGCAACUUAUUCUGGAACUGUGAUAUAAGGUUUUCAAAGAAGUGUUUCAUGAUUUAUUGUCCGAGAGGGAGGGCAAUUUUAUUUAAUAAGAAGCUGAAGAUCCAGUUUUGAAAAAUGGCCUUAGCCUUCGAACAGGAAAGGAGAUUUUUCCUCUUUGAUUACUGGACAAUUCUAGUGAGUUGAGGGUGAUCUCAAGCGGUUCUCUCGGAGUAACCCACAAUCAGCAAACAGAAAGCCGCCUGACAGGGGUGGAGGAGACCCUUCCCAUUGAUGUAUUAUGUUGAUCUGUUUAGUUACCAAUUUUUCACUUUUGUAAAUGGAAUAUCCUUUUCUAUUCCUAGAACUACUGUGCAAUUUACAUAAUGUCCUGCCCCACCGUAUAGUCUUGGAGGAAUUAAAAAAACUUAUUUGCAUAGCACUCAUAUGUAUUUAAUUGAUAAAAGCUGCACUUUGUAUAGUAAUUUGAAAUGCAUAAUUAUCAGUUUACCCUCAAAACAGGUGGCAUUUGUUUUAGAUUCAUAAGUAUGAUUUUUAGUGGCAUUUCUCUAAUGCAGGUGGAAUGAAUGUGUGUAAUUGCUUGACCAAAUUAUUUGAUGCAUUACAAUUCUAGAAAAUACAUUUUACAGCAGCCUCCUGCUGAAUUAUUCCUACUGUGCAGUUUCAAGAUGUUCACCCACUGGGGAUGGAUGGAGGAUUGCUUCUCACUGAUUGCACUUUGCCUUGCACGUGGAUUUCUACUAAAAUUUGCUUUGUGUCACAUUAAAAAUUAUGCUUUGCAAUUACAA